GAAAGAGAUAGCUAGAAAAGAAACUACCCUUCAGUGGUAUUAUUUCUAUCAACUACGUACUUUACAAUGGAGGCAAUUAUCUUUAUUGGAUAGAAACUAUACAGGGAGUAACUAUGGUGGAUAUUGACAAGGAGAUUAUUGUUCGAGAACUUCCAAUUCCUCCUGUGCUUAUGGAUCAUCAUCGUCGUAUCAAGUUUUUAUGGAUGGGAAAUUGCCUUUCUUGCAUUUUGCGUAAAGGUGUUAAGUAUAGAACAUUUCAAAUCUACAACUUGGAUUUUGCUUCAGGAAAAUGGUCUUUUUAUCAUGAGAUGACCCCUUUUGAUUAUCUGGUUGCUUGCGGUCAUGAGCUUAAUAAUAGUCUUCAUGUGGUAGUUCGUUUGUGGAUCAACAAUCAAAUUAUCCUUAGAGUAGUAGUUAAAUGGGACGGAAAGAUCGCAAAAUCCAUGCAUUUUAGUUACAAUGUCAAGACUAGACAACUGACAGAGAUUGAGGGCAUUGACGUGGGUCAUAAUCAUAUUGAGGUAUGGCUUCACACAAAUAGUCUAGUUUUAUUGCCAAAUAGUGCCACAUAGCUAGUUUUCAUGGUACAAUACAUAUAUAGAGUAGUAAUAUAUGCAGAAAUAAUCUUUAUAACUUGUCUUAGUUGGGCACAGCAAGCAUUUAGAUUUCUAUUUAGUUAUAUAUGUUGGAUAUGGCCAAACAUAAUGUGAAUCUUUAAGGGGUUAGUUUAAUUUAUUUAUCAAACU